AUGGCCAUAACGAAACGCCCUCGUGAUGACGCGCCUGCAGAUCGCGCAGCAAAGAAGCACAAGAAGGGAUUCGUCGUCGGUCCGCAAAACCUGCCCGACGGCACUCAUCGUCGCAAGACAAUUCAAAUCAAGCGCAACUUGAUCGAGAAGGCGAAACUGAAGAAGGAAUACGCAAAGCAGAAGGCCCAAGCCGGAGACGACAUCCAACCGAAACGACCAGCAACAUACGCACCCAGCGAGGAUGAAGAAGAACAAUCACCAAAAGAACCCGCACCAGAGAAGGAAAUCGAGGAGAAGGUUGUGGAAAAAGUAAAGGCACCGCGACAAUCAAAACCUAAGCGCCCAUCACCACCACCAGCUCCCGUCGCAGAAGAAGCUCCUGCAGUCAACACCGAAUCAAAUCUUGACGGCAUCCACCACAGUCGUCGUCAAAAGAUCAUUCCUUUCGCAAAAGAACAUCGCGCUGCUCAGCGUCAAAAGAGAGAAGCCGAGGAACGCCGUGAAGCCUACGAGAGAUCACAAAGGGAAAGAGCCGAGAAGACUGAGGAGAGGGAAAGAUUCAGAAAGGCAAUGGCAAAGGCGAGAAGUGGAGGCAGGAAUGGUCAGAGGAAGUUGGGAAGAGAAAGUACUGUCUUGCUUGAUCGUAUCAAGAGGACUAUGCAGCAGGGAUGA